GCCAAAAUCCCACCCCUCCAGAGUUGAUUUGCUGAAACAUGUGUUGAAUGCUUUUCCAGCUCCCUUGGACAAAGACGCUUCUCAUGUAUUGGAGAGUGAAAGAAGCUUCCCAACUGAGUUAAAUGUUAACCUGAUCCGACAUUGUCUGCUGUUGUUCUGAGCUCUGGAUGAUAUGCUGUCACAUUUUAUUUAACAAGAAAAGUCCAAAGUCUGGGCAGAUCACUAUCACUCGUGCUGAUUAUCCGAGCUGUGAAAUAAUGACUGAACUGGAUUUCAUUUCAAGACGAUCCCCCAUUGUGUGUACUGGUGGUUGUGUUGCAUCAAGUCAGCCACUUGCAACAGAUAUUGGUUUAGAUAUUCUGAAAAAUGGUGGAAAUGCAGCUGAUGCCGCAGUUGCUGUUGCUGCUGCCCUCAAUAUUACUGAACCCUGUAGCACUGGAAUUGGUGGAGACUGCUUUUGUCUUUUUUACAGUGCAGAAACGAAACAGCUCCAUGGACUCAAUGGAAGUGGAAGAUCUCCAAUGGCGCUCAGCAUUGAUCUAUUGAAUGAAAAAGGGUUUAAUGAGAAUAAUCCUGUCCCUGAUACCCAUGCUCUCAACAUCACUGUCCCUGGGGCAGCAGCUGCUUGGGCUGACACUGUUUCUUUAUUUGGAAGUAAAAAGCUGACCUUGGGUGAGAUUUUGAAGCCCGCAAUUGAAUUGGCUGAAAAUGGCUUCCCGGUGUCUGAGAUUUGUUCUUAUGCUUGGGAUAAAAGAGCCCAUCUUCUUCAGAGUCCAAAUAACCAGUAUGGACAAGACUUGCUCAUUGGUGGACAAGCUCCACAACAUGGUCAACUUUUCAGAAAUCCUUCAUUGGCAAACACAUUUAAGGCUUUGUCUGAAACGGGGAAGAAGGAAUUCUAUGAAGGUCGGAUUGCAGAAGCCAUCGUGCAAGUUGUGAAGAAAAAUGGAGGUGUUAUGGAGCUGAAUGACUUGGCAAGCCAUGCAACAGAAAAAGUGCAACCCAUAUGUACCACAUACAAGGGAAUCAAGGUUUGGGAGUUACCUCCAAAUGGACAAGGAAUCAUAGCUCUUAUGGCUCUAAAUAUACUGGAAAGUUUUCAAUUGAAAGAUAUGGGCCACAAUAGCGCUGAUUAUCUGCACAUCCUAACUGAAGUUAUGAAAUUAAGUAUUUUAGAUUCAUGGUACUGUGCUGACCCUGCUCAUACACCUGUGCCUGUGGAACAGCUGCUCAGUAAAUCCUAUGCUGAAAGACGUGCAAAGCUUAUUGAUCUGCAGAGAGCAUUGGACGAUAAUACCCAUGGAAACCCUUAUGAAACUGGGAGUGACACCGUUUAUUUUUCUGUGGUAGAUCCCCAAGGCAAUGCCUGUUCUUUUAUAAACAGUAAUUAUCAAGAUUUUGGCACGGGACUAGUGCCUGAGGCCUGUGGCUUUACUUUACAAAACCGAGGGAAAAACUUUUCACUGUCAAAGGGCGACCCAAACUGCUUAGCACCUGGCAAACGACCCUUUCAUACCAUCAUCCCGGCUAUGGCUACAACUGCAGAUACGCAGGACCUGUUGUGUUCAUUUGGUGUGAUGGGGGGAUUUAUGCAACCUCAGGGACAUGUACAGGUUCUUUUAAAUAUGGCAGAAUUUGGGAUGAAUCCUCAGCAAGCUCUUGAUGCGCCUCGCUUUUACGUAGAAUACUCCAAACAAGACCAGAAAUGGCAGCUCUACCUUGAGGAUGGGAUUUUCAAGAUGGCAGCAGAUGAACUGAAAGCAAGAGGCCAUGAUAUCCACUGUCCGAUUUGCAGCCAUGAUAGGAAGCUAUUUGGACGUGGCCAAAUCAUUUCCAAAGGGGACUGGUGGAGACCGAAUCGUAUUCAUAGUAAUGAUAGUAAAGUGUGGUGGGCUGGAUCAGAUCCCAGAGCAGAUGGCUGUGCAAUGGGGUACUGCAUGAAUAAACACAAGGAGAAACACAAUUCAAUAUAAUCUCUGUAGUUUUAUAGUUCAGUGCAUUAUCUGGUUAACCAGAUUUUUUUGAGAAAGAAUGACAUACCUAAAGUAUAAAUACUUGCCAAGGUUAAAAAAGACAGAACAGGUAUGAGACCUAUUAUCCAGAAUGCUCAAGACUUGGGGUUUUCUUGAUAAAGGGUCUUUCUGUAAUUUAGAUCUCCGCACCAUAAGGCUACUGAAAAAUCAUUUAAACAUUAAUUAAAACCAAUCGGCCAGUUUUGCUUCCAAUAAGGAUUCAUUAUAUCUUAGUUGGGAUCAAGUACAAAGUUUUGUUUUAUUUUUACAGAGAAAAGGGGAAUCUUUUUAAACAUUUAAAUUAUUUAAUCACAAUGGAGUCUAUGGGAGCAUAAUUUGGAGCAUUCUGGAUAAUGGGUUUCGGGUACUAGAACAAUUUAAUAUAAAGGUGAUUUUCAUCACUGCAUCCCCAUGAUAUUUAAAUCGGACAUUCAUUAAUGAGAUUCUAUAAUCAAAGUUUGUUAUGAGUGAAAGCAACCUAUUAGUAAUAUAGCACACUACUAUUGUGUACUAUGACUAUUAUAUAGUGUAACUAUAGUACACAUCAUAUUCAGUUUUUCUGCUUGAUUGAGGAGUAUAUUUCCUGGUAGUCUUGUAGAUUUUUUUACAUCCUUUCUUUAAGAAUAAAAAAAAAUAUACAGCCGUCCUAGAAUAGUUUAUAACUGAUAUUUUAGCUAUUUUUAGCAUCAAAUCAGGAGUCAACAAACCUUUACCAUAAAUACUUCUCCGCUACAGCCUCAAAAGUCCUUGACAGGACAUUCAACUGUUUCGUAAUUAUGUGAAUACCUAUUAUAGACAUAGGGUACCUUUUUUAACCUGCCCAUUAAUUCAGGAUUGUAAAUUCUUGGUUUGGCCGCCAAGUAGAAUUCUUGCAGGAGGUUAAUAAUUCAGACAGGGGGGCUUUGGGAGGAUGUAAGGUUACAGGAAAAAGACAAUAGGCAAACACUAUUAACAGGUGGGAUACUAUUUCAGAGGCUAUAUUUAGAUGCAGGAGUGGUAUUUACUGCCGAUGAUAACGUCUGCAAAUCAUGAAAUAUAUAGGAAGUUGUGACAAAACAAGGUAGUGCCGCACUGAUAUAACAUAAUGAAUUUAUAUCCAGCGCAAGUAGCAGAGUCCACAUACAGUAUCAAACUUACUUAUCUUUACACUAAACUGAAAGAAUUGUUCCACGUGAUUUCCUGAUGUUGGUUUUCCAAACACUCUUCAGUUGUUUUCAGAUUGUUCACCAGAAAUAAAAAAAAAAAA